AUGAACUCCUUGUCCAGUAGCGCGGGUACGGCGUCCCGUGUGCAGCCAGCCGCGCCGCACGGCCGCCCGCACCCGGCCGCGCCGCCGGCGCCCCGACGCAGCCCCGCCGCGCCGCGCGCGGCCGCAGCCGACGGCAACCCCAUCAUAUCCCGCCCGGUCGGCGUCGCCGCCGCCCCCGCGGCCUCCGCCGCGGACGCCGCCGCCGAGAAGGGCACCAAGCCGGUCGACCGCAGCAAGGGUCUCUGGACGCGCUGCGACAAGUGCGGGGUGAUCCUCUACAUAAAGCACCUGAAGGAGCACCACCACAUCUGCUUCGGCUGCAACUACCAUCUGAAGAUGAACAGUCAGGAGCGGAUAGAUCACCUGAUGGACCGGGGUGAGCCUGGGGUGAGGGAGUAG